AUGAGUGGCGUUAAAUAUUUAACAUCAGAUAAUAUUAGUUUGGGAAGAUUAAAUAGGGCGAUUCCCGUAUUCUGCAAUGGUUAUCAAUCUGCUGAGAAUGAUGAUAGACUGAUGCUACGUUUAUACAAUAAUGAAUUAGCAUCAUAUUUUUUGAUGCCAUCUCUUCAUCAUAAACGAGUACAUUGGUCAUUCUUAAACGAAUGUGAAUUAUUAAGUAGAAAACAGCAAGAAAAACAAUUAAUUGAUCAACGACAGCUGACUGAUAUUAUUCAGAAAUAUCCGUUAAAAUUUAAUUCAUUUUUUUCUAAUCACAUAGAUCUGCGUUGUUGGUAUUAUGAUCAAAACAAAUUGAAACAAUGGAUUAAAGAAAAUUAUCCUCGACAGUAUGAAUUGAUAAAUAAUUAUAACUUUAGAGACGAUUUUGAGAGUCCUAAGAUUAUUCAAAUGUUAACUGGUAUACAACAACUAGAAAAUGAACGACAACUUUCAUCGGCGAUGAAAAUUGCAGUUACGUACAUUCUUACCCGUCUUUUAAUACCAUGCGGUUCGUCUACAUCUGCAUGA